AAUGACCAUUGAAUCCCCAAUCACUGAAGUAGGUCGUCAUCUUUACCUCCAACCAUAGAGGGCAGUGUUGCCAUGGAACUCCUGAGAAAGGCUUUCACAAGAAAGGACUUUAUUAUUGAACUUGAACCAAAUGUUACUUUGUUUGUUUUUGGUUGACUAACAAUUCUUGCUGCAUACUUAAUGUGGACAUUGUAUUUUUAUUUGUUUUAUUAAGUGUACAUUUUUUACCUCACAUGCUUUUAUUUUGAAGUCUGGAAAAGGAAGUGCAGCAGCACUCUUUGUGUACAUUGGCGCUCUUUUUACGUGAAGCGCCAUUCUGAUUUAACGUUAAGAGAGAAAGGAUAAACCCUUGGGUACUCACUGUACAAAUGUUUGUUUUAAAAAGGUUUCUUUCUACAUCUUAGCUCCUGGCUGAAGGGCACAAGCUCUUACGGUGUUUUUGGAAAUUAAAUUCUUUAUAAACAUCAGUUCCUGAGAGUAAGAUGCAUCUGUUCAGCCGGGAAUGCUACAGUAAGAGCUUUACCCAGAAGAACAACAGCUUCACCUAAUCAGUCCUACCUCACCUCUGAAAGCUGUCUAAUGACAACCAAAGGACUUGAUAUGAUAAUCUAGUCCAAUGCACGCCUGUAAAGAAAAUGGAUGCUUCUGAAAAUAAGGACCUCGACCAGCAAGUGGAGGCCCCUCAUAAUGGAACGGAAGAGGAGGAGCUUCACCGUUCUGGUCGACAACGCAACCCCACGGAGAAGAUGCGUGCGUAUAAAGAGGAGGAAGCCCUAAAAAGGGAGAAAAGGUUGAUUCAGCUGUAUGAAAAAUGGAAGGACCUGGCUCGCAACACAAGGGAAGAGCUAAAAACAGACGUUAGUGAGAGUCAACUGGUAGUUCUUAUUAACACACUUGAGAAGGGAAGGGAUGAUGUUAUGCAUGUCUACCUGGAAAUCAGAGAUUACAUUGCUCCAUCCAGUGACACUAGACGCAGAAUCGACACUUGUGAAGCUGUGACAAAAGAUAUUUCGAAGAUAAUUUUUGACAGAAUGGCAUGUCUUGAGGACUUUGACAGAGAAAAUGUAAAACACAGCCUGCGUGAUUUACUCCAUCACAAUUAUGCUCGCUCUGUCUAUGGAUCCACAGUCUCACGCCCCACAUCAUCAAGGUCUACAGUUAUGUCCAUUGCAGCCAAGCGUGCAGAUGCAGCAGCUGAUUUAGCAGCCAAAGAAGCAGAAUACUCAGUCAUACAAGAGAUUGAAGCUCGAAAGUGUGAACUGGAAAAACUAAAAGCAGAGAAGGAUCUAAAAGCAGCUAGAGCCAGACUACAGGCCUAUGAUCAAGAAAUGGCACAGGAAGUCAGCAUACAUUCUUCACACUCACAUACAAGGGAACAGCAGGAUGUAAGUGUAGCGGUGCAGCAGCAUGUAGUUCCAUUUCCCAUCCAAUGUCCUACCAACAUCACAGCAACACUACCUCCUCCAAAAUCUGAUAUAUCUUAUCUCGCUCAAGCUAUCCAAGAUAGCAUAGCCCUGAACAGACUGCCUACAACAGAACCAUCUGUGUUCAGUGGUGAUCCUAUCCAGUUCAUUGAGUGGAAGGCUGCAUUUGUGUCGCUCAUUGAUGGAAAGGCCAUUUCUUCUGCCGACAAGCUGCACUAUUUAAAAAGGUAUGUUGGUGGGCCAGCUCGUAAGUCUCUUGAUGGUAUCUUCUACAGAGAUGAUGAUGAGGCUUAUAAUGAUGCAUGGAACAAGUUGAACCAACGGUAUGGACAGCCAUUUGUCAUACAGAAAGCAUUUAGAGAAAAACUAGCUAAAUGGCCUAAGAUUCAGCCUAAAGAUGCUGAAGGUUUCAGAGAUUUCUCUGACUUCUUGAAUGCGUGUCAUCAAGCUAUGCCUCAUGUCAAAGGGCUUGAAAUAUUGGAUGAUUGUGAUGAAAAUCAGAAACUUGUACACAAAUUACCAGAUUGGGCAGCAGCACGGUGGAACCGCCAGGUCACGCAGACACUUAUUGAGACUCAUGACUUUCCAAAGUUUAUAGAUUUUGUGACCUUCAUGUCAAUGGAAGCAGAGGUUACUUGCAAUCCAGUCACCUCCUUCAGUGCUCUUCGUGCCUCUGACCCCACUUCAGAAGAACGAAACCUUAAGGACAGUAAAAGGAACAGGGCUAACGUCUUUCACAUUCAAACAACUACAGAAAAUAAACAAAAUGAUAAAAACGAACAAAAGCCCACUAAAGGAAAUUAUAAUAUGUGUCUCUUCUGCAAAGACAGCAAGCAUAAGAUUCACAGCUGUUUUAAAUUUGUGGCAAAGUCAUUAGAAGAGAAACGGAAAUAUGUGAAGGAGAACAAGCUCUGCUAUGGUUGCAUGAGACCAGGCCACAGCGCAAAAGACUGCCGUCACCGUCUGUCCUGUGACACCUGUAGAGGUAAACAUCCAACGUGUCUACAUGAUGAAAACUACACAAAGAAAAUCAACACUGCACCAGUCUCAAAUCAAGGUGACACAGAGAUGGCUACUAGUACGUCUCACAAAGUAGAGAAUGAUGAGCCAUCCACCAAUACUUCAAUGAUAGUGCCAGUGUGGGUAUCAACCGAGAGGAAUCCAGCCUCUGAAAAACUUGUUUAUGCUCUGCUUGACACCCAGAGUGAUACUGUGUUUGUCGACCGAGAUCUGAGCAACAAGCUACAAGCUGACUCCUGUCCUGUGAGACUGAAGUUGACAACCAUGACUGCAAAAGAUGUUGUUAUGCCGAGUGAAAAGGUGUCCGGUCUCAAAGUAAGAGGCUUCAGCUCCACUGUUGUCCUCAACCUUCCUCCUGCCUACACUAAGGACUCCAUUCCAGUGAACCGUACUCACAUCCCUACUUGUGACACAGCACGACACUGGAAGCAUCUCUCUACAAUAGUGGACAAAAUUCCACCACUGCAGGAUUGUGAGGUUGGUCUCCUAAUAGGCUACAGUUGUCCAAAGGCUUUGGCACCAAAACAGGUGAUUUUAGGAGGAGACGAUGAGCCUUAUGCAGUCCAUACAGACCUAGGAUGGAGUAUUGUUGGUCGCCUGUCCACACACCAUGAAUCACAAAGCUUCAACACCAUCUGUCAUAGAGUAAGCACUAAAGAGCUUCCCCAGUGA